GUUGUGCCACCUGUUGCUAUUCGACCUUCAGUUAUAAUGGAUGGAUCACUGAGGAUGGUUGGGAUAUGCUUCAACUUGAGGUUGCUCAAUUCAUAAAUAGUGAUGUUCGUGUACCGUACUAUAUGCAACCAACCAGGCCAUUGGCUGGUUUUGUUCAGCGCCUUAAAGGGAAGCAGGGACGUUUCCGUGGCAACUUAUCUGGUAAACGUGUUGAAUAUACUGGCAGGACAGUUAUUUCACCAGAUCCUAAUCUGAAGAUUUCUGAGGUUGCAAUACCCAUCCAUAUGGCUCGUAUAUUGACUUAUCCUGAGCGUGUUACACAUCACAACAUAGAGAAGUUGAGACAAUGUGUGAGAAAUGGUCCUGAUAAGUAUCCUGGUGCAAGGUUGCUUAGACAUGCUGGUCACACAUGGAACUUAAAAAUUUCUUCUAGGAAGUGCCGUGCAGAUGAACUGAGAUUUGGUGAUAUUGUUGAUCGCCAUUUGGAAGAUGGAGACAUUGUUCUUUUCAAUAGACAGCCAAGCUUGCAUCGGAUGUCUAUAAUGUGUCAUCGGGCAAGGAUUAUGCCUUGGAGAACUUUGAGAUUCAAUGAAUCUGUAUGUAACCCAUAUAAUGCUGACUUUGAUGGUGAUGAAAUGAACCUACAUGUCCCACAGACUGAGGAGGCUCGAACAGAAGCUAUUUUGUUGAUGGGGGUGCAAAACAACUUAUGCACACCUAAAAAUGGCGAAAUUCUAGUUGCCUCUACUCAAGACUUUUUAACCACUUCCUUUCUCAUAACUAGGAAAGAUAAUUUUUAUGACCGUUCUACUUUUUCACUUAUUUGCUCAUACAUGGGGGAUGGCAUGGAUAUUGUUGAUCUGCCAACUCCUGCAAUUAUUAAGCCAGUUGAGCUUUGGAGUGGUAAACAGUUAUUUAGCAUCUUAUUGCGCCCGCAUGCAAAUGUGAGAGUCUAUGUGAAUCUUACUGUUACGGAGAAAACAUACAGCAGAGAGCUUGAUGACAGGAAAAGAAAAUUGAAAACAAUGUGCCCGAAUGAUGGUUUUGUUUAUUUUCGCAAUAGUGAGUUGAUCUCUGGACAACUUGGAAAGCUGACUUUAGGAAAUGGCAAUAAGGAUGGACUUUUCUCUGUGCUACUAAGAGACUAUAAAUCACAUGCUGCUGCUUCUUGCAUGAAUCGUCUAGCUAAAUUGAGUGCUCGAUGGAUAGGCAAUCAUGGGUUCUCGAUAGGCGUUGAUGAUGUCCAACCGAAAGAGAUAUUGAUCAGCAAGAAAGAUGAAACAAUUUCAGAUGGUUAUAGGAAGUGUGAUGAUUUUAUAGAAGCUUUCAAUAAAGGAAAGCUAGAACUCAAAACUGGUUGUGAUGCUGCUCAAACAUUAGAGAGUCUUAUAACUGGUGUAUUAAAUGGCUUACGUGAUACGGCAGGGAAGGUUUGCAUGAGAACCCUACACUGGAGAAAUAGUCCAUUGAUCAUGUCGCAGUGUGGCUCCAAAGGAUCUCCUAUUAAUAUCAGUCAAAUGGUUGCUUGUGUUGGUCAACAGUCAGUUGGAGGUCGUCGUGCUCCUAAUGGGUUCAUGGAUCGGAGCCUUCCUCAUUUCCCUAGAAAAGCAAAAACACCUGCUGCUAAAGGUUUUGUUGCUAAUUCCUUUUACAGUGGAUUGUCAGCUACUGAGUUUUUCUUCCACACAAUGGGAGGGCGAGAGGGGCUUGUUGAUACCGCGGUGAAAACUGCAGAUACUGGAUAUAUGUCUCGUAGAUUAAUGAAAUCUCUAGAAGAUUUGUUUUUACAUUAUGAUUACACUGUAAGAAAUGCUGGUGGUGGUAUUGUUCAAUUUUGUUAUGGAGAUGAUGGCAUGGAUCCAGCCAUAUGUCCUAGUCAUGGAGAUGAUGAAAUCUUAUCUUCCUCAGAUGUGUAUAAAGUAGUUCAUGAGAAGCUUUCAGAAGUUGGUAUGUCUAGGCUAGUGGUGAAAGGGGUUUCAGAGGAUGAUACAGUGUCAGACGUGGACUCCUCUGCCGACUUCAUAAAUUCUCUACAAUCCUUUAUCAAAGAUGGUACAGAAUUAUCAGAAGAAGCUUUCACUGAGGACAAUUCUAAAAAUCAAAAAAAAUUUAUCCAGAGGAUAUCUGGGAUCACUCGGAAACAACUAGAGGUUUUUCUGGAUAUUUGUCUAUCUCGUUACCGUUCAAAAAAAAUUGAGGCUGGAACCCCAAUUGGAGCUAUUGGAGCUCAUAGUAUUGGAGAACCUGGGACCCAGAUGACUUUGAAAACUUUUCACUUUGCUGGGGUGGCAAGCAUGAAUGUUACUCUUGGAGUUCCUCGCAUCAAAGAAAUAAUAAAUGGAGCCAAAAAGAUCAGUACGCCGAUCAUCACUGCAAUACUUGAGAAUGAUGACAAUAUAAUUACUGCAAGGAUGGUAAAAGGUCGCAUAGAAAAAACAAAUUUAGGCGAGGUUGCAAAGACUAAAAUUGUUAUGUCUCCAAGAUUACCAUCAGUUGUUAUAACGCUUGACAUGGAAAGAAUCCAAGAUGCACAUCUGAAUAUAGAUGCUAAUACUGUAAAAGAGUCAAUUUUGCAAACUAAAAAAAUAAAAUUGAAGCCAGAGCAAAUUAAGGUUUUGGAUAUUAAAAAGCUUGAAGUUGUUCCCCAAGAUGCUGAUAGAAGUAAAAUCCAUUUUCAACUUCACUAUCUCGAAAAUUUGCUCCCAUCAGUUGUGGUGAAGGGGAUUAAAACUGCCGAACGUGUUGUUAUUGAUAAAGAAGAAGAUAAAGAGAGGAAGGUUGAAAAGUUCAAACUACUGGUGGAAGGGAUGGGCCUUCGGGAGGUUAUGGGAGUUGAAGGGGUUGAUGGACGUAAAACUGUUAGUAAUCAUAUCAUUGAAGUGCGGGACACUCUAGGAAUUGAAGCUGCCAGAAAGUGUAUCAUUGAGGAGAUAAAGUUCACAAUGGGAAGUCAUGGAAUGAGUAUAGACAUACGCCAUAUGAUGCUUCUAGCAGACGUGAUGACUGUCAGGGGUCAAGUCCUCGGAAUAACAAGAUUUGGAAUUCAAAAGAUGGGUAAAAGUGUAUUAAUGCUUGCAUCAUUUGAGAAGACAUCAGAUCAUCUUUUCCACGCAUCCGUGCAUGGGAGGGAUGACCCGAUUGAAGGAGUAAGUGAAUGCAUUAUCAUGGGUAUACCAAUGCAGAUAGGCACUGGAAUGAUCAAGGUCAAACAAAGGUUGGAUCCUCCGGUGUUGCCUCAAGGAACCGAUCCUAUUCUAUGUUGAGUUCGAAGUUGUAUAUUAGCAGCAAUAAUGUGGAUCAUCCAAAAUGAGGGUCAUCCAGGAUGCAGUGCACUGAAUGUUAUGAACUUAAGGUCACCACAUUUACUCAUGAGAUUGCCUGACACUCAAGUGGUCUUUAGCCACUGGCAUA